UUAGCCGGAAGGAUUAAAGAACCGUUCCAUUUCCGGGAGUAACGGGAGCGUUUCGAACAUGGCGACCUCCCAAGCGAACGGGCCAGCCCCGGCGGCUGGAAAGAGUGAAUUUCGUAACCAGAAGCAGAAGCAGGAGAACCGAGAUGAAUCAGAACUCCUCACUGUUCCUGAUGGUUGGAAGGAACCAGCUUUUUCCAAAGAGGACAAUCCCAGAGGACUCCUGGAGGAAAGCAGUUUUGCAACUUUGUUCCCAAAAUAUAGAGAAGCUUACUUGAAAGAGUGCUGGCCGUUGGUUCAAAAAGCCUUGAAUGAACAUCAUGUUAAUGCAACCCUGGACCUGAUCGAGGGCAGCAUGACUGUUUGUACAACAAAGAAGACUUUUGAUCCAUACAUCAUCAUUAGGGCCAGAGACCUAAUAAAACUACUAGCAAGGAGUGUUUCAUUUGAACAGGCAGUACGAAUUCUUCAGGAUGAUAUUGCAUGUGACAUCAUUAAAAUAGGUUCUUUAGUAAGAAAUAAAGAAAGGUUUGUAAAAAGAAGACAACGGCUUAUUGGUCCCAAAGGAUCUACAUUAAAGGCAUUGGAACUCUUAACAAACUGUUACAUUAUGGUUCAGGGAAACACGGUUUCAGCCAUUGGACCUUUUAGUGGCUUAAAAGAGGUUCGAAAAGUAGUCCUAGAUACUAUGAAGAAUAUUCAUCCAAUUUAUAAUAUUAAAACCUUAAUGAUUAAACGAGAGUUGGCAAAAGAUUCUGAAUUAAGAUCACAAAGUUGGGAAAGAUUUUUGCCACAGUUCAAGCACAAAAAUGUGAAUAAACGCAAGGAACCAAAGAAAAAAACUGUUAAGAAAGAGUAUACACCAUUCCCACCACCACAACCAGAAAGUCAGAUUGAUAAAGAAUUGGCUAGUGGUGAAUACUUUCUGAAGGCAAGUCAAAAGAAGCGACAGAAAAUGGAAGCAAUAAAGGCUAAACAAGCAGAAGCUCUCAGUAAGAGGCAAGAGGAAAGAAACAAAGCUUUCAUUCCACCUAAAGAAAAGCCAGUUUUGAAACCUAAGGAAGCUUCUACUGAAACUAAAAUUGACGUGGCUGCCAUCAAGGAAAAGGUUAAGAAAGCAAAGAAUAAGAAACUGGGAGCUCUCACAGCUGAAGAAGUUAAGCUUAAAAUGGAAGUAGAUGAAAAGAAAAAGAAGAAAAAAAAGUAAUACAAAAAAACCCUGAACCUAGAACUUAUUAAGCUAUCUCCUUUUAUAAAGGACUUUGAGGUACUGGGGCAUUAGUUGCCUUACGUGUAGGAAGUAAUACUCUGAUUACUUUUUUCUGAGUUUGUUUUGUUCUUUAUAACAAUGUUUAUAUAUAUGGCUAUUCUUUAUAAAUAUAAAUUACUAGAG